CUUGUACAAACAUAUAGGAUACUAGUUUUGGUUAGUUUUACGGUGACCAACAGCAGCGUGUUAUUCUAGUAUAUAAGGCCAGUUGAUUUGCUUCAUUUCUUUGUUAAUUAACUUUGUAUGAAGAGGACAAGGUUAUAACUGCGGACCAAGUAUUUUCACGGAGAUUGAACUAACUGAAAACCGGGGGUAAGUUGCUAUGACUUGAGCUAAACUAACUUUAUUCUUACUGGCUAUAUAUCUAUUAGUUCUAACCUGUUCUCGCUCUUACUGUUCUGGGGACCGGAUAGCGCUAUCCAUAUCUAGGGAUAUGGACUUCAAAAUAUAUAUAAAAAUCCCUGAAUCUGGACAUAUAUAUUAAAGUUUAAUUAAAGUCAUGACUCGUUUGGCGAAACUAUAAUGACCCAUCAUACACUGGUCACUGUUUGUAACUGACAUCCCAAAUCUAGCUUCGAUGGACUCAAGGUAAAAUGUUAUUCAUUAGAAGGAUCAUCUCGAAUAAUGGGGGAUUGUAUUUGGGGCUGUGCUAGACUUGCUCCAAAUCUCUCACGAAUUCAAUUUUCAUGGGAUCUAUCCAGCUAAUUGUGAGGUCAGAUUCAUGUUUUAAUUGGAUACACCGCAUACAAAAUGAAGCCAAUUCGAGGGAGACUUCGAGCAAGUCUAGAGCUGUGCAUAAGAUUCCCUUGCUUAUCCCGUCAGUGGCAUGUAAUAUAAGAAGAGUGCUACCAGUGUAACUAUACCAAAUACCACAGAUUUAGUACUAGACCAAACAGUGAUGGUUGUUACUUAUGUUAUUGACAUCUUUGGAGAACAGUUUAGAGCUGAUAGAGCUAUCAAGUUUCUUACUGAAGUUAGCUUAGAUUUAGAUCUAGACUAUAUUUCAUAACAUCUCCACGACUUUGUUUAUAACACGGACGCGACUAUAAAUAGAAAUCCGGCUUUUGGAGGAAUGUCUGAUAGAAUACCAGCAACCAAAGAUUUACUCAACAGAGAGAUUUACAUAUAUAAUUUGUGUUCAAACUAAAUUGAGAAUUUAUAAUUCGAUUAAUCUGGCUCUAGUUGGUCUUCUUUAAUCCUUUUGUAAAUAACUUGAUCUCCUUAUUAAUCCUUGUUUUGUAUAUGCAUGGCAACCGGUACCGGAACCACAGAGAAGAGAUAUACAGAGAGGAAACUGACACUUGAUAACCUCAAUUUUUGUGUCACGCGUUCCACGCGCCACGCAAAAUUUCCCAGCCAGUGCCGUCGCUGAAAUUUCAUAGCAAAAGAAAAAACGUCGUUCGGGAAGGGAAAACGUCGUUCGAAAGGUGAAAAUCGCUUUUUUUAAAAAAAAUAUGAAAUACCCAUGGAAAUUUUGUUCAAUAAAUUAUUGUAGAAUAACGGUAAGCGAUCACUUUUAUUGAUUUCUUUUUAUUAAAAGUGUUAACAUAACAUUUUAUUUUGCAAUAGUUUCCCCCCCCCCCCUAUCUACUCCUUAUUAAAAUCGUGAAAGGCACUGGUUGGGAAUUUCAGAUGCUUAUGUAUAAAAAACAAAGCAGCAAACAGUGAUAUAAAUUCCUCAAAAUAUAACUCUCGCAUAUAAAAAACAUGUUUAAAUUACUUCAAUAAUAUGUAUAGUUUUUUUCCUCUACAUUUUGUCAAAAUUUAACAAAAUAGUGAAUUAAUAUAAUUUUAUAUAGUUAUUAGACUGAAUAUAUCGGCGUGCCACAAUUUGCCGCGUGUUUUCUCUCUGUAUAUCUCUUCUCUGUGACCGGAACCUUCGGCGGAGAUAUUUUCUAUUCGUGAUAUAGAACAGUAGGAAACACUUGACCUUUAGAAAAUAUUAAUAGUAAGGCUAGCCAAAGCUGCCCGUUGUUUUUGAAAAGUAAAUAAUACACGCAGUGGCGUAGUUGGGGCCUUGACUUUAUGGGUAUGGGGGAGGCGGUGGGGGGUUCAAGCAAACAUAAAUUCUAGGGUCUCUAGACUAAAAGCAUUUCGCCCAUCCUGAGACGAGUUUUGAAGAAAAAUAUUAACCCCGAAAAACCAUGUUUUGUCGUUGUUCCAGACAUUGCAGUUUGCUCCUAAAUUUUUGUCCAAAGGUUCAAAUUUGGUAUUUCAAAAUAUGCAAUGGAAUGACGAAAGCCAAAAGAACAAUUACACAUUUUGCCCGAUUAGCGCUAUUUUUCAGACGGUCUCGAUUGUUGUAAACGUAUUACUAUGCAGUGGAUAUGUACAUUUUCAGACACUGAAAUACAUUUUACACCAGUUAUCCUGUAUUGAGCUGAACCAAAAUAACUUCGUACAUGUUCAUCUAUUUUCAGAACUACCAUAUAAACUAAUCAAGUCACGUCCAGCUACCAAUAUUGUAGGCAGCUGAUAUGAAUCAAACAUCAGAUAAAGAGUUCUCAUUCAAGGAUAGCCAAAUAGUCUGGAACUACAUUUUCCUCAUGAUUUUAUUUUUCGCCAUUCUGUUAAACAAUAGUCUUGUGUUGACAGCCGUAUGGAGCCAAAAACGUCUCCAAUCCCAGCUGAAUGUUAUUAUCUUGGCUUCCAUGGCUUUAGGUAAGAUAUAUUCUGAGGUAUAAUAUAGACAUGUCAUCAUUUAAUCAAUCUAGUUUACCAUGCAAAGUCUCUGGUUUCAGUAAAUGAAUGAAAUCCACAAAGACAUUACAUUCACGAAGCGGCAUUUCGACGCUUCAGCUGUUUAUGGCCUUAAUCGAUCAGGUGUUACCAUGAUCAAAGCCGUUCCUUGAAAGCGUCGUACAUAAAUUUGAAUUUCAGUAUAAUUACAUCAAUCUGAAUGAUGGUAGUUAUCUAAACUACAAAAGCAUUUCCACCUUUCCGAUAGUGACGUCAUCUAUCGAACAUAAAGAACCACGUUGCGACUUUAGAUCUGGAUCAUCCAUGAUAAAGUCAUAAAGACACAUUUGACCGGAAUGUCUAACAUUCAAGCGAUAUUCGUUCUAGCCCUGGUCAGUCAACAUUGUCCCACAUCAUAAUUUAAAACUCUUCGUAUGCUCAGGGAAAUGGUUUUCGGCAAGUGAUUUGUCUCCAUUUGCAAAUACCCACGUUGCAUUCCGCACUGUUGAAGGACAACAAUUAUUAAGCAGCAGUAGCACUGAAACCAGCACUUUACUGAAUUCAUUUGCCGAAUGUUCAUCGGCAGGAUCUGAAAUAACGGAUUUCAUGAAAGCAACUUCUAUAAAUUAAUGUAGCCACCUUAAUGAAAUAUAGUUGUCUCUCUAUCUCCCUCUCCAGCUCAACUGAUCGGAGGUCUGACGUCCAUUCCUACCAACAUGGCGCUUGUCCAAGAUUUCUCUGAAGAUUCGAGAUUGAAGUUUUCCGUGGUUGUUACAACAUUCUCUGGUGUUGCAACUCAGUUCCAUUUAACUACUCUUUGUGUUGAACGUUACCUCAAAGUGGUGGACUCGAUUGCACAUGGUAACAUAAAGCGAGGUAACAUACUGAUAGAUAUACUGAGGUCCAUUGUAGUGCCGCUCCAAUAAUGCGUCGAAUUAUUAAAUGCAACAGAAUUUGGAACGUCAUUGAUUUAUACACCGCUGCACUCAUGUGCAAAACCUAACUCAUAUAUUUUUUUGCGUUUUGUGACAAUUGAAUUGGUAAUCUUGUAAUUUUAAUUAGUUGUUUGGAAUUUCAUAUAGGAUACUCGCGCGAAUACGCCCCACCGUUGUCAAUAACAAGAUCACAUCUGAUAAAAUUAAGUUUGAUCAGCGCAUGGGUGCUAUGUCGGCAUAUAGGCGUUCGGGAGGGAAAAUUGACCAAAAACAUUCUCGCUAUACUAAAAUAUUCCCAAUAUUGACAAAACAUUCCUCGUUAUUAUAUUAAACUUCCCAAAAUUUGUGUCCACAGGGAGGAGGGAUGGGGGAGAGCAGGGGGAGAAAUUUUUCAGAAACAUAUUUUUACUGCCAUUUUGAAAACGUAGCACAUUUAAUUCUAUUUCGACUAUUUUAAUACACACCGCUCUUCCAUUUUAAUAAUUUGGCUGAUUUUUAACUACAAACUGUCUAAUAAAAAAAUGAAUGGCCCUCAGUGGACAUGUUUGAUGUCUUGGUGUCUCACACCGGUCCCUGCUCCACUAAUCCCCUUCUCUCAUAUAAGGAAGAAAUUUACUUACUAAGCCUUUUCUCUACUCCUCUUCGCAAAAAAAACCCACAGUUGUACUGUUACAUUUAUUGACCUGGCUGCGUUUUUCUCUUGCUGAAUCAGACUUGCAUGGAAGAAAUAUCAUGCCCCCCCCAUCCCCAAUCAGACGUGCCAGGAUGAAAUAAGGUCUGGGACUUAACCAAUUCAGUGCUAGCACUUUCCCCUUGGCGAGUAAAUCAUCUGGCGUUAGAGAUACCAACAUAUGUAACAUUGUCCCUUAAAGGGGUUAAUGCGGCAUGGAGGAUGUAUGAUUAGUUCAAGAAAGCAGAUAUAUUUUGGAUAGUUUUUCAGGUAGUUUCAUAUUGUUCUGACACUGCAGAGUGCAACGAGCGGGAUUCAAGCUCGCAUCUUCGGGUUUCUACUGGCUGCCGCUCUACCCAUUGAGCUAUCCAGUCAUCGUGGAUUGGUAGGAAGAAAAUCGGCGGUCUAGAUAGUUUACCCGAAAAUGCGAGUUCGACUCCCACUCUCCCAAUUGUCGUUGUCGAUUUCAUGCAAUUACCUCGUACCCAGGAACUUACCCUGGGAACGAGGUUGGAUUUCAUGUUGUACUCUGCAGUCUUAGAAUAUUAAUUACGAAACUAGUUUUCAUACAUCUGAAGAUGGUUUUGAAUUUUUCAGGUAGUUCGCAGUAAUUUAUUUUCUUGGGUUGUCUUACGACUUUUCGGAAUACAUCUUCCAGAAUCCAAAUCUUAUUCGGUUCAAUAUCAGAAUGUCAUCGGCUCAUUACUAUUAUCUUUUUCUAGGAAUUGUUGUCAUAGCGACUGUUGUCGCGUGGUUUCUGUCCCUCCUGACCGCUUUGCUGUCACUGGUAGAUUUCGAGAAUUAUUCAGUGUUUCUCAUUAUAGUAUUUUUCAUACUGCCUGUUCUUUUCGAUAUAUUGGCUUAUGCUUUUCUCUGUCGCGCUUCGAAAGGACAUAAUAAAACCACAUUACUUAAAAAGGUACGUAUGCCAAAUAACUCCAUCCUAUUACGAGACUGCCAAUCUCGGGUCGAAAUCCCAUGCAGUCAAUAAGUAUUUUAUUAUACCACAAGUCAAAUAUAGUUAAACGCUCAAACUGUUGCCAGGAGACAGUCGGAUUUCAUAAUUUUCACGUGAUACGCUUUCACCUAUUCUGUGCAUUCACCCAGUGCGAUGAAGAAUACAUGAACUAAGAAAAUUGUUAUCUAGUAUUCUAGUAAGAUAAUAAUAAUAUCUAUCAGGUAUUUGUCCAACGUCAUAGGGAAAACUAUGUACGAAUACGGUAGUAUCCAUUCCAACGACCUGUGCCAGCGUAUAUAGUACCAAAAACACCAGAAAAUUGAGAUGGAUUCGUUUUAUUGUAUUAUUUCAGGUGUUUGAAUUUCUGUCCAUCUCAAUUUUCUAAGGCAAUAUCACCCUUGCCACUUGCCAGUUACUGUUUACAAUCCAACAGCUUUAUGACCAGAAGAAUCGACUGGACCAACGAGAAAGAGGGAAAAAGUUAGUUGCAUAUGUACUACAAUGAUCUAUUUUUUUCAGGAACUUCGGUUGGCCAAAUGGUUUGCAAUCUUCGCCUUAAUAUUCAAUGUUCUUUGGCUUCCUUUCGUGGUCACCAUUCUCCUGCGCGAUUACUGUGAAACAUGUGAGACGGAACGAAGCUCUCUAUACUUGUUUAUACUGUAUUUCCAGUUGCUCAGCCUGACUAUAUCUGCAGUGAUUUACUAUAAAGCCAGCCUGGAUUUCCGUUUGGCUUUCAAGAUGGUUGCUUUUGAAUUUUGUAACAUGAUUGGCAGAAACGCGAACUCGGAUCCUUCACCAGAUGUCGCUAUGCACGACGGUACAAUACCACGUGUCUCCAAUGAUCACGUCAAAUCAAACGCCCGUCAGAGUGAAUCAUCUUUUCGACAUUCUCAAAGCGAGAAUUCUCCUUCGAAAGCAGAACACGAAGAAAUGCAUAUUGUGCCUUUUGAUCAGGCAAAAUAUUUUGGCGAAAAAGACGAAAAGCAGGACAAUUUUCACGCUGAAAAUGAAGUUAAUGGAGGAAUGUCACUUGAUGAUGAGUUUGGAUUCCAUGACAUUGACAUUGUUCCUUACGAUCAGUCUUGUUGAAGCAUAUUUUACAGUUUACACGUUCACGGCUAUCAGUAGAAGCAAUUCUGGGCUGUCAGAUAUACUACACACUGCACUAAAAAUAAAUAAUAAACACUUUAAGAUUGACGUUUACGACAAAGCGCUAACAAGUCUGUAUGUUCUGCAUUUGACCUCCAGUGUGCCUGGUUUUCCCAGUCGUUCGAUCUGGGCCAAAUAAAUGUUUACAUUCUUUUAAUCUAAAAAAUAAUAACUCCCAAAAUCACCAGAAAAAAAACAUUUGGAGAUAUUUUCAUACAAUCUAUACAUAUUACAAUUAUGCUGGUAACUGGUACGUUGCUAUGGCAACUACAUAAACAAUUACCAACUGUACCAAGUUUCAUUUAAUUUCGUCCAAUCACUUCUGAGAUACUACCUAUUUUUUCCUAUUCUUGCUGCCAUCUUAAGCACAAAAACGUACAAAACCCAUCGUUUUUUGAGAAAAAUUAGUGUCAUUAGUGUGCAAUUUAAACAGAUUUAUUAAAAUACAUUUCAAUUUGGUUACAACAUAAGAUACUAACUAAAACAAAAACUGUGAACUUAUAAUUAGUAAAAGAGAAUGUAGCAUCAACAGUGGCAGACCCUUCGCGGAAUAUUGGGGGUGAUUUUCAAAUUUUCAAUAUGUAUGUCAAAGGGGUGUCCGUUUCAAGGUUAUAACUAUCAAUUCUGAUUGUUUAAAAUAUUUUAUCAGUAUAAGACAGCCCAAAACAGAUUGUAAAAAAUGUGUAUAAUGCAUUGUGGCAUCAUUGGCUACAUUGUCCAGAAAGAUAUACUGCUUAAUGAUAUUGCUAACUUUAGCUUAAUUAAGUUUUAUUUAAUAAUCGAUAUCAUUAUUUAUUUAACUUACAUUUGAUUUAACUUACAUAUUUGAGUUAGAGUGAACUUGUCGUGCUGUUAGCGUUGUAUGUGAUAUGACAAAGUAGGAAAACUUCAGUAGAUGUGUCACUAUAUAAACGUAAGACUAAAUUUGAUCCAGGCACGAAGAACAAAAUCCAUAACCACAGCUAGAAAGAGCAUCUUAAAAUUUAAUUAGUAAAAUCGGAAACUAGUUUGGUUGCGAAAUGUUGUAAAAUAAGGAAAAUAUAGCCCUGUGAAGUCGCAAAUUUUGUAUAGAUUUGUAUUACACGCGGUAAAAAUAACCACUUUCGGCUCAAAAAUGGUUAUUUUUCACGCGCGUAAUACAAAUCUUUAUUAUAUAGUAGAGAGUGAGAUACUGAAAAAUACACAGUGAGAUAUUUUCCAUAUCUUCACUAGUGAAGAUAUCGAUCACGUGACUUUUUCCAAUUUGCUUUAGAGCGUGAAAUUUCACAAUUUUUUGCUUGGGACUAUAUAAUAAACAGAACAUUACACGGUGGCUUGAAGAUGGCGGUGGCUUGAUACACGGUGGCUUGACUUUUAUCUUCUUGUGUUAAAAACAAUAUUUUACUCACUCGUUGCGCUCGUUCGUAAAACAUUAUUUUCACCACUCGAAGAUCGAUAAAAGUUAUAUCUUCGCGCCUCCGUGUGAUAUCCUCUGUAUACAAAAUUUGCGAACUUCACAGGGCUAUAUUUUCCUCAUUUUACAACAGUGGCGGAGAUCUUGGUGGGGCAGGGGGGGGGGGCGCCCCCCACCUUCCGGAAAAUUGACGAUUUUUCGGAAAUUUUGAUCUAAAAGAGGGC